GUCUAAGGUAACAGACUUUUCCUAAGGACUUCAUACACUCAGCUGGGCCUUUCCGGCACCCAGUGCAAGUAAUGAUACUUGGACGUCGCAAUCAUGAGCAUACGAUGGUUACUCGUAAACUAUUGCCAGCCUUGGCCCAACGGGUCUCGUCUUCUGAAGUUCGCGUAUGACGCCAACUAAAUGCGAAUUGCGUGAUUGUUCUCAGGGCUUGGCUCUGACUUGACUAUGGCGUUCUAACGAGAUUAUUAAAACCUGCUGCAAAGGGGAAAAUGUACGUCCCAGCUCGUUUCUCUAGCAUUCUGCCUUCCUGAACUCAACAUGUCUUCGUCUUCAGAAACACUCCCAUCCAUCCCGCACUACGUCGCUGCCCCUCCUACAAAGGAAGAUCUGGACUAUGCAGAUCUCCCGAUCAUCGACCUGUCGAAAGCUGAUACACCCGAAGGCCGUGCCGCACUCGCUGCUCAAGUCCAUGAUGCUAUGCGAGAUAUUGGUUUCUUCUCCGUGAUCAAUCACGGUCUCACGCAACCACAAAACGAUAGGAUCUUCGAUAUCGCAGACGUCCCGUUCGCACAGGUGAGCGAUGAAGAAAAACGUAAAUAUGAGGCCAAGAUGCUGGAGGAGGGCACGUUCCAAGGAUAUAAAUUACGUCGAUACUGGCAUAUCGCCAACGGUGUCCAAGAUGAAGUGGAACAUUACAAUAUUAAUCGCGAUGUCACCAAGCGCGAACACCCUCAAGCACUGCGCCCUUUCCUUCCAGAGAUCAGCGAAUUCACAAAGCAUUGUCAUUAUAACGUUCUCCAUCCGAUCUUGAGGCUGUUAGCCAUCGGUCUGGAGCUUCCUGAAGAUACCUUCGUCAAUAUCCAUGGGUACGAUGCUGUCGGGGAAACUUAUGUUAGGUUCAUGAAAUACUAUCCGCGCGAUGACGAGGAAGAAAACAAGACAAAUCAUGUGUGGUUGAAAGGUCACACAGACUUCGGAAGUAUCACUGUACUCUGGUCACAACCUGUCUCUGCGCUUCAGAUUCUCUCGCCGGACGGCAAGUGGCGAUGGGCCAAACACAUCGAUAACGCCAUUGUGAUUAACGCCGGUGACGCGAUGGAGUUCCUCUCGGGAGGAUACUAUCGCGCCACCAUUCACCGGGUCGUCCAGCCUCCUCUAGACCAAAGGGGAUACACUCGUCUAGGCGUCUUCUAUUUCGUUAUGCCGGACGACAAUGUCAAGCUCAUACCCAUUAAAGAUAGUCCAGUUCUGCAAAGGGAGGGUAUACAGAGGAGAUUCACAGAUGAGCAAGCUCCCACGGUGGAGCAGUGGAGGCGAGGAAGAACGAGGGCUUACGGCAAGACGGAGUUGAAGAAGACAGCUGCUGGUGUGGAGGAAGAAGUUAUUAAUGGCGUCGUGGUCAAGCACUAUAAUUAGAUGCAUUUGACAAUGGGGAACGUUGCUGACUGUCACCUGUAAAGUAGAGUAAGUAUCAUUUAGUGAGACGUUGUACGAGUGGAUAAUAUCCUUCAUAGUCAUAAUUCGCAUACAGUAUUCACCGUCGUACCCAGUCUUAACACGAUAGAAUAUAGAAACUCUGCAAAUAUAGUAUUAACACGUGACUUUUCUCGAAGU